AUGCGUCUUCUGCAGAAAUACGGAGAUAGCACAGCUCAGCUGAAAGCCUGGGCAGUCAUUCGCUUCAUAAAUCACUUUGGCUGCGUCCCCGAAGACAUCAAGAACCCCCCGCUUUCCCUACCCCCCUGUUGCGCUUCUUGCUAUCCCCACUGCCUCAAAGAACACGUGCCGGGAUGCAACAAUUGCAUAGAUCCCCCUACAGAUCGGCACUUCCUAGGGAUACCUCCAUCCGCGGGAGCCGCACCUGCAGGAUCUGCCAUUGGCACGCCGUGCAGGCUUAGGCCCUUAGCUGCCUUGGAGGGACGAUCCUCUGCCGCAGAUGGCGCAGGCGACGACGCUUCCGAAGAAAAAGACUUGCAGCUACGUGCCUCACCUGCAGACACGACGCUGCUCUCGGAAGCCUCUCCCGAGCUGGGGAUUUUGAGUGCAACAGGUUGCAGCAGCAGCAUUAGCAGUCGCUUCGAGUUUCUCGCGGCGCAGGCAAACAAUGCGAAAGGGGCCUCCUCUUCUUCUGCCUCCUUUCUGAAGGGCAGCUCUCCGCAUGCGACAGUCGCCUUCCAGCCGCUGCCUCCCGCCGCUGUCGGCGCUGCCCCUUCCCUCGCUUCUGAGAGCUUCUUCGCUGCUGCUCAGGAGCUCUCCUCGACUGGAGGGGUGAGGGGGGGAAGCGCUUCAGGACGCCUCAUCAGUGCCGCUUACGCAGGCGUUCUCGCCGAGAUGCGCGGGGAUGGAAUUUCCCAAAGAAACGCAGCAGGAGAGACCACUGCCAGCGCUGCAGCCUCGCUAGAGGGCAUGCAAGACAACCCUCCUCCCGCGAAGCGUUCCCGAACGGAAGAAAGCCUGCUGGCAGAAUUACAGCUGCAGCAUCAGCUGGCAACGGCGGCUCAGCAGCGGCAUCUGCAAGACGGUGCGGGAGAGACUACUGCCUUGCGCCACGCAGGCGAACGAGUUUCUUCUUCUUGUUCCUCUGGUGCUGCUGCUGUAGGCGACGGCAGCAACAACAGCAACAGCAGUGCUCCGGCGCUAGUGGUGGGAGGCACACUGCUGCCGCAGCAGGUUAUAAAGGGAAGCAGCGGCGUUCACAGACCCUCGCUGCACCUUCCGUCUCUUCCUGGCGAUCUCGAUCUGUCCACGACUUUGCAGCUGCAGCGACAACAGCAGCAACUGCUCGAUCAACAGCAACAGCAGAUGUCGUGUGAGGAGGAAAGUGAGGGAGCUUUGCCCCACGUAUACACCGUCUACGCGGAGUUUCUCUUGCACGAAGUGCUUGCCGAGAGCCACCCCGCUGCGCAGCAAGAGCAUGGGCUUCCUCUUGCGGAGAGUGGGAGCUUGGAAGCGGCUGCAGCGCAAGUGGCGUCUACGGCGCAAGUGGCAUCCACAGCAGCAGGGAGCAGCGACGUCGAUGCAGAGGGCAAGCAAGGCAGUCGGCGUCGGGGAGGCGUCCACACGCGUGCCUUGACAAGAGCGCUCACGGGGUUCUCCGUUGAGGGAUGCGGCUCUCUCUACGACAGCCAGCAGCACGUGCAGCCGCAGCACGUUGCAGGGGGGGGAAGCGGCGCUGGCGAGGCGAUGAUCUGGUGCUGCUCGAACAGAGAUCCUUUUCAGCUCCGGCACGCGACUGCGUAUGGAGCUCAUCGAGACGCCGCUUCCGCCGUUAAACGCCGCAACAUGUUGACUCGACAGAUGCGCAGGCUGACGACUGCGGCUGGAGGAGGCGCUGGCGCUCCGGGGGGGGGGGCGGGAGAGGCUUUGGCGUGUGUUUCGAGGGUAGCAGCACCUGCAGGGGGGCCAGGCGCUUCGCGAGAUCACAGCCUUGUGUAUAUGUUCACACAAGGGUGUGGCACCACCGACUUCGCUGCCGCUGCGCCUUUCGGAGUCGAUUCGGAGUCGCAGCAAGCCAGCGCUUCCGCCGACGGCUGCUGCAGCGUGCUCGCCCCCGGAGCCUGCGGCGGCAGCAUGUGUCUGUACACCGCUGAGGAAGCCGCCGCCGAUCCAGCAGAUCGCUUCGUCCUUGCGCGGCUCCUCCUACGAGGUGCUGCAGCAGCAGCUGCAUCUGCAGCAGCAGCAACACCGCGUGCAGCAAAUGCAGCAGCAGCAACAGAAGCGUCUGCAACAGACGAAACUGCAACGGCUGCAGAGACAUCCACCACGCAAGCGACAACAACUCCACCGCCUUCAGUGUCAGCAAGCUCCGGCAGGCGAGCUGCUGCUGCUGCAGUCAUCGCCGCAGCCGCAGCAGCUGCUGCCGCAGGGAGCGGCGAACACGCAGCAGGGGCAGCAGGAGACGCUGGAGGUGUCGAAGGCGCUGUUGCUGACCAGAAUCUAAGCAGUGUCAACCUUGCUGCUGCUGCUGCUGCUGCUGCUGCUGCUGCUCGGGCUGUAGAGGCCCGACACCGACCAAUGGCGAUGGUGGGAAGCCUAACUGAUCCGCCUGGAAUAGAUAUUCGAUAG